UCUUCCUUCUACGUAAGAACUUUGCCAAGAUUUAUCCUGCUGAGUGAUCUGGACAUAAAGAGCAAAAAAAAAAAAAAGGAACUACUUCUUCAGAGCACAUUCUUCUUUUCUUCCAGCAGAAAUGGAAUUUGGCAACGAUACUGACAAUAACUCAAGCAGCUACGAAUGUGACUACGAUGACUGGAGUUCUUCCAAAAUCCUAAUUCCUUCCAUCUAUUUGCUUGUUUUCUUUCUGGGCACCACUGGCAAUGGUUUGGUGCUAUGGACCAUUUUCCGAGGAGGGCAAGAAAAGCGACGGUCGGCAGACACGUUCAUUGCAAACCUGGCAAUAGCUGACCUGACUUUUGUGGUCACUUUGCCGCUAUGGGCCACUUAUGUGGUCCUGGACUACCAUUGGUCUUUUGGCUCUUUUGCUUGCAAACUCAGCAGCUACCUGGUCUUUGUCAAUAUGUAUGCCAGCGUCUUCUGCCUCACAGGGCUCAGCUUUGACCGCUACUUGGCUAUCGUUCGCCCUGUAGCCAAUGCCAAGCUGAGGUCAAAAGCUAGUGGACUUCUAAUGACCAUUGUGCUCUGGACUAUGGCAGCUCUCUUGGCCUUGCCAGCCAUGAUUUUCCGGAGGACUGGAGUAUUCAUUGAGAGUGACAAAGUGACAUGUUUCAUGGAUUAUUCAAGCGUGGCAACCAACAAGACUGAGGCGGCCUGGGAAGCAGGGCUUGGCUUGUCCUCUACCCUGAUGGGAUUUGUAAUCCCCUUUGCCAUCAUGCUGAUUUGCUACUUCUUCAUUGCCCGUACGAUUGCAGGUCACUUCCGAAAGGAGCGCAGUGAAGGGCUGAGGAAACGGAAGCGCCUGCUCACCAUUAUCAUUGUCCUUGUGACCACUUUUGCGAUCUGCUGGCUCCCCUUCCACUUGGUGAAAACCAUCUACAUGCUAAUGGACUGGGAGGUGAUGCCCUUGUCCUGCAGCUUCCAUGCCUUUCUGAGCAAUCUCCACCCGUACUGCAGCUGCUUGGCCUAUGUCAACAGCUGCCUCAACCCUUUUCUCUAUGCCUUCUUUGAUCCCCGCUUCCGACAAGCUUGCACGGCUGUCCUCUGCUGCACGUCGGGGCAUUUGCCUGGAGCUGCAGGAGACAAGUCAGCCAGCUAUUCAUCUGGCCAUAGCCAGAACCAUCUAGGGAAGAACAUGGAAGCAGGGCAGGAGAAACACUGUCCUGACAGCCAAGAGACUUUGCUUCAUGGGUAAAAAUGGAAUAAUGUCAAGCAGCCAUGAUAAACUUUGCAUACAACGAGUCUCUCCCCUCCCUCUCUCCUGUUAAUUCCUUUCCCUUGCAUCAUUCUACCAUCUGAUUCUGUUUCUUUUCUUAAUGUUUUAAAUUGGUAAGUCUGUUUUAACUGACACAAUAUUCAUCCCUUCCUUCUGUAUUCUGCUUGGUUAUCCACUGCAACAAUGUCUAUGUUAUAUAGGAAUUGUGCUAGGAAGAGGGGGGGUGGGAAGCAUUUCAUUAUGUUCUGAAACGCAAUGCUGCAUACACAGCUGGUGGUUCUUCUAAUGAAAAUUACAUGGACUUUUAAAUGGACUUGUAGAGGCUUGUGCUGGCUAUUUGCAGACCUGUGUUUUGAAAUGUUUUUGAAAACUUGCCAUAGCUUUUUGUAAUGUUAAGUGAAACAGUAGAACUAUGCAUAAGUUGCAUGAAAUCGGGGGGGGGGGGGGUUCAUUUUGAAGGGAAUGCACUUGGGAGCUUGUUGCAUAUCUGGUCUGUCUAUCCUCAUGCUUUGGUGUUUCAAGCCAGCUCUGUAGAACAGGUCCUGUUUAAGAAAUGCUUCAAUCCUACACCCCAGAUUUUCUUACUUUUUCUUAUCAUGCCACUUUGAGGCCUGGUUCAUUUGGCAACUUCUAAUUCUUUCAUUUUCCUUGUUCUAUGGGAAGAAAUGACUGCGCCCCCUAAAAUUUAGAGUUUAAAUAUUCACUGCAAUGGAGAACUGGCACCAUGGACAGAAAACUUCAGCCUGAAAGCCUAUUUCUUCCUAUGCAUGAAGACAGCUUCUUCAAACAGACAGCAAUUGUACUUGGUUCUUUGCUCCAUGCUUGUCCUGUCAAAUAAAGGCCCUCCAUUCAAAACUAUUCUUUAAAAAAAAUACAUAAAUGGUUCAUCAGCAAAAUCUAGCUUUAUUUUCAUCUUCCUCUCCCUCCCCUCUCUUUCUUCUCCCACAAUAAAAUGUAAAAUUCCUGCUGCUUAAUACACCAUUUUAACAGAGGUUGGGAAACAGUAUCAUGCUUGCAUUGAUAAAAAUGUUUUCUUUGUAGGGAUUGUGUCAUUAUUCAACUUGCCUAUACCUUAUACUUUAUUCACUUUAUUCAGUCCUUUUAUAUCACAAAAAGACUGAAUAAAGUUUUAAGUCAUGCAGAAAAAUGCUUUGAGUCUCUUAAUGAUUUCACUGAAUUGAUCUGCUGAUUAAGAAUUUUUAUAUAAAGCUUUUAAAGGUUCAUCUUUUAUUAUUAAUAACUAAGGGGCAAUAUAAAACUGGACAAGAAGUUGUACAUUUAUA